AUGGAUGACAUAUCAACUAACCCGUUCAUGUCUAUCCUGAAAACGACGUAUACACCGCUCUACGAGUUUAUAUUCAACGACACAGAGACCCAAAAGAUCAUUGUCAUUCCGGCUUCUCACUCUCUAGUUGGAGUUGAAAUUACGGAAGAUUUCAUAGAGGUACAUGUAUUGCAAGAAACAGCCAUUGAAAAUCACUAUAUAAAUCUUGCUGGACAAGCUGUGGAAAUUGACGGUGACUCUGUGCACACGAGUUAUGGUUUCAAGAAUGAUUGCGUCUGUAAUAUCAUCAAAAAGGACAAGAUUAUAGAGUCUUCAAAGUCCGUAAAAGUUGUAGUAACGGACUCUCAUCUCUUGGAAUCAAAUAGUAAGGAUAUUGAGUGUCUACUCUAUGAUUUUGAUCGAGACGUUGAAAAGAUCGUUGAUAGAUGGUCAAAGGAGAAUAAGGAAUUCCACAAGACAUUUUCCAGUGAUUUAGAAAGGUUCAGACAGACAUUUGUUAUCGUCCCUGGAUACGAAUCUGAGACUGCAAAUAUAAUAUCCAACAUGGUUGACAAAUCAAUAUCUAAACUGCUGGAUGAUAGCAAAGAAUAUCCAAGGACAUUUAAAGAUAAAAUAUUCCGUAUCGCAUUAAAUUAUGCCUAUAGCAACCUACACGCUGCAAUUUGGAGUUACUUGACAACUUCCUACUCCAGCAAGGACACCGUAAUUCAGAAUCGCAUAACAAAAUUGAGAAAUGAGCUGAAUUUAAACUUGUCACUCUUGAUUUUUGAGAGCAGACAUGAAAUUACAAAAAUGAACAUACUCCCUAGUGCGGAAGCUCUUCGCAAGAUGGAGAAUGCAAAGGUGCCACAGGAAAAGUUGGAGUAUUUAGAUCGUGCAAUAUUGCUGAGCAAUUCUAGUUCCAGCGAAGAUGCGGUGUCUCUCAUGAUUUUAACAAUCGUUGUUGGGGGACUCAAGAAUCCUAUUGCUCAUGCCGCGUACUUGGACAUGUACCUCAAGGGCCGUAUUGUCGGAAAAAGUGAGAGUCUUGAGGUCCUAUUUUCUGCAAUUUCAUUUCUUUUAAAUUAG